AUGUCAGCAGGGCCAUUAAAAUCGCAACACUGGCUUCACCAUAAUUCCCAGCUAGCUCCUGAUGCUGGUGUCACAUACGAACUUCGUUAUGUUGGCUCGAUUCCAGUACUAACAUCAAUAAAAUCUGUUGAUCUAAAUACCAGAACCCGGAUUUGUCGAGCAUCAAUUCGUCGUGUAUGCGAAGAUGUGGGUUUAAAACUGCCAAAUAGUCGACUUGUCGAUAAGUCAAUACGACAUUUUAUUGGACCAUCUACUGAUAUGACAUGGGCCAUGGCAAAUGUGUACCUAACAAUCACAUCUCAAACUCUUACUGUUGAGACACUUGAAAACGGUGUGUUGUUGUUCCAGCACAAUCUUUUCCUGGUGUCUUUCGCUUCUGCUGGUGAUGCAGAUACUUUAGAUUUCGUUUGUUAUGUGGCUAAAACAGACCAAAAUACUCGUAUGUGCUACGUUUUUGAGUGUCCUGGUGGCCUUGCUCAAGACGUGAUAAUCACAAUUGGACAAGCAUUCCAGUUAGGAUAUCAGGAUUUCAAGAAUUCCAAACCACAGAAUACUAGAAAUGAGACAUUUUCAUCAACAAAAAUAACUUCUUCCGAAUCAUUAUUUCCUAAUCAUCCCCUCCUCAUCAUCAACAUCACCAACAUGUUCAGUCAAAAUCCGAAUAAAUCGAUUUUCUCCAAAACUACACAUCAAGGCAAUUCAAGUGCGUCGGCUACUACUUCGUUAACGAAAAAUACUGGAUCACCGACUCAAAACAACAAUAGCAAUAAUAAUGAUCUUACUCAAUCAGUUGCUUUUGACAACUUCAUGGAUUUUGAGGAUAAUGCAUGGUUGCUGGGAAAUGAAAUGUCAUGCAGUAAUCAAACAGAGAGUGGAGACUACAAUAAAUCGUCUUGUAGCACUUUUACCACCUCGGUUGAAUCAAAAACUAAUGAAGUAGUUGAUCAACAGCCAUCGAAACCUCUAUGUAAUAUAACCGAAAUAGACAAUAAAAUAUCUGAUACAACGAAAACAUCAGUUGGAUUGUCUAGUUUUGAACACUUAGAACCCAUUGGAGAACCAUGGUAUGUUGGUAAAAUGUCCAGAUCACAAGCAGAGAAUUUACUGCGGUAUGAUGGGGAUUUUCUUGUACGAGCUAGCAUUCAACAGCCUGGCCAGUUUGUUCUUAGUGGACUUCAAGAUGGCAAAUAUAGACAUUUAUUGCUAGCGGAUCCAAAUGGACAGGUACGUACAAAAGAACGUGUCUUCGACAGUAUACAACAUCUUAUUGACUAUCACGUACAAAAUGGUGCUCCAAUUCUUUUACAUGACUUUGCUUUUAAACAAUUCACAUGA